UGACUCAAUCUACCAAAUACCAGUUACCUGGCAUUGACAGAGCACACUAACAAUGAAACUGUUGGAUUUCACAGGAUACAUAAUCACGGUAUUCCCUUACUGUGUAGAUUUGUAGCUUUUUCAAUCAAGGAAUGUAAUAUACUCUGGCAGAUGGAUGUGAAGAUAAAAUAUCUAUGCUGUAAUCCCCUCAAUUCUUCAACACAGGCUAGUGUCUGACAUCAGGAAGUUGGCAUCAGUCUAGACUUCUAACAAAGCUCAAUGCCAGGAAAUAGGACUUGCUCAACUUGAUUUUAGGACUUGCUCAACUUGUUUUCCAUGUGUCGGCAGAAACACAGAGGCGUGCUGAUGGGGUUGUGUGUGGACAUAUCUGACAACAGUUGAUAAUCACAGAUGAAGAAAACAAGUGCUUGAGGAUCCAAGUGGUACAAACCUCUGAAUGUGUCAAAUUUGAGGAAAAUUAUGAAAGCAAUGUUUUUGUGGUGGUCGCUUGCAAUCCUUCUCUUGAUCCUGAUUUUCGCUUCAGCUUUGGAGUUGGAAAUGCUUGACUAUAAGAGUGAACACUUCACCUGCUCAAAGGAUAGGCACUGGCUAACUUGCCUACCCUGACUGCACGUCACUGGGUUGAACACAGUAGGGUACUUAUCGGGUCUCUCUAACUGCACAGUGAAGGCAGGUGCUGUGGUUCUGAUCCCAAAGUGUCCUGUCGAUGACAUGGGUCUGAAGGUGCAGCCAGUGCUGUGCUGCAGACAGGGCACAGCAUGCAGACCCUGCCUACACAUUCACCUUGACAUCCAGCUCAGAAACCACCAGACAGCCUACUGGGUUCUCUGUGUUUCAGCAUCAUAUGUGAAUGUAUGUUACAACGUACCAGAGCUAGAAAUUGACAUUUGCAAGAUUCUGGAGUUCACAGUGAUCCUUGCUGCUCUGGAUGGGCAAGCUACAUCCAAGCAGGCAUGGCUGUCACUGCUGCUUAAAGAUAAUGCAGUGUCCUUCAACAGUCAGGUGACUGUGUAUGUUUGUUCCAACCACUCUAAAGUGGUGCUUCCCUCAGUGGAUGAAGUGUGCUCAUCUGCUGCACAGGGGGUUGUAGAAGAGUGUGACGGACAUUCCCUCAGAAGGAUGUUGACAUGUUCAGUCCCCAGUUUCAGCACUCUGAUUGAUCAGGAAAGUCAUGAGGUGAGGCUGCAAGUCAACACGGCAGAUGACAGCCCCUACCCACUGGAAAUGUGCCUACAACAUGAAGAUAACGGAGUGUGCAGGACCUGUAAGGAGAGUACAGUUCCACUGCACUCUGUCACCCCCUGCAUGUGCUUCCAGGUGUGGUGGAAUAAAGGAGACGAGAGGUCUCAUCGAUCCAUUAGCUGUCCCUUUAGAAACCACAGCGAGCUGUUGCAGAGGAAUGUAUGGGAGAAUGUGUCAGUAUCUGUGGUGCAGGGCCAAAUGAACAAUGGUGGUGCCAUGCUAUCCUGGAACCUGACUGCCCCCUGUAGGGUGGAGGCAGAAGUGUGGCCCUGCCAGAAAGAGAAAGGCUUGGACAUGGACAGGUGCACAGAGCUGGUUGCCUUUAGGCAGCGUCUGUCAGAUGACAUAUGGAGGGAAAACAGCAGGGGACACUGGCUGAUGCCCGGUGUGUUUGAGGAUGUCGUACUUGGCCUUGAUCUCUGUGUGAUGGUUAAGGUAAACGGGAAGAACAGUGAGCUUGGCCCCUUCUGUCCCAUUGACUCCAGUUGGUGGCACUGGCGCUGGAGUCUGUUGGUCCUGCUCUCCCUGAUGCUGGCUGUCCUAGCAGCGAUUUGUCUAUAUUUCCUGCAUGGUAAACUGAAACGGUGGGCAUGGGAAUGGUACCAGGAGGAGUGUGGUCGACUAGCCAACAGGGGACACAUAGUGCUGCUGAGCCCGCCGAACGUGGAUGGCUCUGUGUCAGAGCUGGUGUGUGAGCUCGGUUCCUCUCUGUGUGCCCAGGGCUUCAGUGUCUCUGUGGACCUGUGGAGUCGGGCUGAGCUGUGCUCUCUGGGGGCCCUGCCAUGGCUGCACUCCCAGCUGCAGCACCUGGACAGUCAAGGGGUCCGGGCAAUACUGGUACUGACACAGGCGGCCUGGGAGAGGACAGAGGACUGGGUCCGACAGUGGGACCAGCAGGGCCAACAGGGAAAGAAUAUAGUCCAGGGAGUGGAGAAGGAGGAGGGGGGUGAGGAGGUGGAGGGGGAGGAUAAGGGGCUUCUCCAGGGCUUGUACUCCCCGUAUGCAGAUGUGUUCAGUGCCGCUCUGAGCUGCAUCAAGGCAGACCACAAACUGGGCUGUGCUGGAGAGCGCUUCCUACUGGUGCACUUUGAGGCCCAUUCUGCCAAGCCCCCCAGCAGUGAGAGGGGUCUCCCAGAGCUGUUCCAAGGGCUGCCCAUGUUCCACCUGCCCUCCCAGAGCCAGGGGCUCCUUGCUGAGCUGGCCAUGGGGCCCACAGGGCCUGAGGCUGGUAUAGGUGGACAUAGGGUCUGAAGGAAGCUACACAGAGACUGUCUGGGGGACUUAUGACUUUGUGGAGAGACUCGGGGGGGUACCUGAUUAAGGAGCUGCCUCAUAAGUGUGUUGUCACUGGAUAGCAGGCUGUGCCGUUACAGCAGAACAGUCACCCUGAGAUCUAAUCUACCCCAACCACUAAGACAAUACCGGCCCCCAUCAUCACCACAAUAACCCCAGACUUUACAUUCACACUGAAUACAGUGGACAUGCAAUGUGUUGGAUGUAGAAGCCUUGUAUUGUAUUUGGUGAUGUUAUGAGGGCUUUUAUUGAGCCAAUACACAGUGUGUAACCUACAGUAGGCCUACACCUUCAGGAAGGACUUCUAUGUGUGAACUAUUAUGUAGGCUAGAUGAAAUGUUUAACAAUUGUUCUUUAUUUUACUCUUAAUUUAUGAUUUGUAGAUAGAAAUGUCUGAAAGGCCUAUUGGAAUAUAUGCUGGAUCAAAACUCAAGAUAGGACAAACCUAAAUGAUAUGCAGUAGCCUAGAGGUUAGAGAGGCGGACCAGCAGCUGGAAGGUUCAUGGUUUUAAGCCCCGGGCCGGGCAACACAAAAAAGGAACUGAACUGGCAGCUGGAAGGCUGCUGCUCUCUGAUCCCAUGUAACAUCUUCUGUCAUUGUGCCCUUAAGCAAGGCACUCUACACCCAACAUUUGCUCUCCAUCCAGGGGUGCUGUCCUGCUGCUGACCCGCUGCCUCUCAUAGUGUGUGUGUGUGUGUCUGUGGGUGUUGAGAAAGGCAGAAGACAAAUUCCUGUUCUAACCAGUGGACAAUAAAGAUAUAUUUUAUUAUAUUCUCCUUAUCUGUUUAUGCAUUAGUGUAGAAAUUAAAUGUGGAAAGCCUAUGUAAAUGACCUAAAUAAUUAUUGACCAAAACAUAAUCUCUAUCAUGGACUGAAUAAUGCAUUAUUUUUUCAACGUCAAAGAUGAAAAAUAAAUAUAUUUCGAUACAAACAA